AGCUCAACCAUAUAAAUAAUAGCAGGCUUGACAAUAUGUUUACAGAGACUAGGUGAGGGGUGAUCACACGUAUGUAUUAAGACAGGCUUCAGUGGAUAGUGCAAACCCGCUACGAGAUCUGUACAAAGUGUUGGUGAGAUCUCACUGUUACAGGCCCUAACAGCAUCUCAGUGGUGGUGGUUGUGUUCAUCUGUGAUCAUGGCUCACAAUGACAAUGAGCUCCCGGAAAAGAAGGACCAGAAGCCUGGUCUCCGUGUUUCUCCCAUCACUGGGGGAGUGUUGGCGCUUGUGGCUAUAGCUGUGGCUGUUGGAGUUGGACUGAUCGUGCAUUUCGUGGAGAAAGGCAAGGAGGUGACAUGUGUGUGUUCCCCCGCAAUCCCAGGGGAGUCCGGGCUCCAUGGGGAUGCUGCUCUGGAAGGAUGCAAGGCUCUAGCCAGAGACCCCAUGUCAGAAAUAUGUGGGCUAUGCAAAGCUGCAAAACCAAAGGAAGAUGUUAUAUUCCUCCCUAAAACUGUCAAGCCGAUAUUCUAUGAUCUUGAAAUGAGACCAAAUAUGUACGAAGGGGACCCGUCGGCCUUCACCUUUAACGGUCAUGUGAAGAUAACUAUUGAGUGUUUGCAACCAUCGAAUGACGUCAUUCUACAUGCUAACAAACUUGACAUCACUUCCGGGUCAGUUCAGUUUGGGGUGGACGAUAAUAAUUCGGACGAUGUGAAAUAUGUGUCCCAUGAACUUGAUUCAGGCAAUCAGCUUCUGAAAAUACAUUUGAAUAAAAACAUGAUCAAGAACAGGGUCUAUUACGUGAAGAUGAACUUCACUGGACCUUUGAAGGAUGAUCUCGUGGGGUUUUAUCUCAGCUCGUACAAACGUGGAGACACAACGGUGUAUCUGGCCACCACCCAGUUCGAAUCUACAGACGCCCGCAAAGCCUUCCCGUGUUUUGAUGAACCUGAACUUAAAGCUCACUUCAACAUCACACUAGUCCGGAGGCAGGAUCUCUCCACAAUCUCCAACAUGAAGUUACAGAGGACAGAGAAUAGGGAACCUGGUUUCGUUGCCGACAUCUACCCAACAACCCCUAUCAUGUCGACGUAUCUCGUGGCCUUCGUCGUAUCCGACUUCCAGUAUCUGUCCAACACGACCAGAAGAGGCCUGGAGUACCGUAUUUGGGCCCAGAAUGAAUCCCUGAACGCCCUCCAGUAUGCCAUGAGUGUUGGAACCCGGACCAUCUCCUUCUAUGAAGACUACUUCAAUAUAUCCUUCCCACUCCCAAAGCAAGACAUGGUUGCGAUUCCUGAUUUCGGUCCCGGUGCCAUGGAGAACUGGGGCUGUAUCACAUACAGGGCCAUCCGCCUGUUCUACACUGACGGCGUCACAAGCUCCUCUGCGAAACAAUCCGUGCUCGUCGACAUCACACACGAACUGGCUCAUCAAUGGUUCGGGGACCUGGUUACCAUGAAGUGGUGGGACGACCUGUGGCUCAAUGAAGGCUUUGCAACAUUUUUUGAAUAUUUUGGCGCAGACCACAUCGAGCCCGACUGGGAUAUGUAUAACCAGUUUGUUGCUGAAGAAAUCAUCCCCGUGUUUGAAACUGAUGGAAUAGUGACGUCACAUCCGGUUUACGUUGAUGUGAAGAAACCCGAUGAGGUUGAACAGAUUUUCGAUGAUAUUUCCUACAACAAGGGAGGAUCUGUGCUGCGGAUGUUGAAGUUUUUCCUGGGUGAUGGAACCUUCCAGCGAGGACUCACCAGAUACCUGCGAUCCCGGGCCUAUAGCAACGCUGACCACGACGACCUGUGGGCGGCCCUUGAAGCGCAAGCUAAAGAGGAAAAAAAAGACGUCCCUGUCGCCGACACGAUGAAGACGUGGACGCUGCAGAUGAACUACCCCGUGGUCAGCGUGUCCAGGGCGGGGAGCAGCCAGCUGCAGCUGAAGCAGGGUCGGUUCCUGCUGGACCCAUCAGCAGCGGAUCCUGGUACCUACCCGUCCCCCUUCCAAUACAAGUGGAACGUCCCCUUCACGUUUACAACCAGCUCCCAGAAGAACUUCAAUGUGACUGAUGCGGACAUUGUCUGGGUGAUGCGAAAUGCUGAAUCAGACGUGUAUCCUACCAAUGUAAACAUACCGGAUACAAGUGAUGGCUCGAGUUGGAUUCUGGGUAAUGUGCAACAUCACGGCUUCUACCGCGUCAACUACGACGUGGACAACUGGAACAAUAUUAUCAAACAACUCAAGCGGGACCAUACCGCCAUCAUUCCAAUCAACCGAGCUCAGAUAAUUAACGACGCAAUCGACCUGGCAAGAUCCGGGCUGCUGGACCAGCGCGUGGCCCUAGGGACACUGGAGUACCUCUCGGCGGAGGUGAGCUACUACCCCUGGGCUGUCGCCCUGGCCAAGCUGGACUAUAUGGACGCCAUGUUGAGGGACACGGAGGUUUAUGGCGCGUUCCAGGGGUUCCUGAGAGCAAGCAGCACGGCGGCCUUCCAGCACUAUGGGUUUGAGGACUCCGGCGCCAACCACAUACAAUCGAUUGCUCAGAGGGUGAUUGUCAACGCAGCAUGCUCGUCCUCGAACCCAGCGUGCCGACAACGUGCCACGGAAAUAUUUCAGGCAUGGAAGGAAAAUCCACACGCAAAUCGAAUCAACCCCGACCUCUUGAAGACAAUCCUCUGCACUGGCGUCUCUGACGGUAAUGCUGAUGACUGGAACGUCCUCUACGACAGAUACCAGGCAGAGACGUCGCUGUCAGUCAAAGACGACAUGUUGAUGGCGUUGGCUUGUUCUAAGGAACCCUGGGUCAUUGACACGUAUCUUAAAAGAACCAUCACGGCAGGUGAGAUCCCCAAGGCCGACACAACUCGAGUAUUAAAUUUCUCUCCAAACCUCAACGGCAAAACGCAGCCAUUCGUCUGGAAUUUUCUGAGGCAACAUUACAAUCUAUUGAGAGACGACUACAGCGCCAGUUUCUACUACUUCGCUAAGAUGAUCCUCUCUGCAACAGGCACAUUCAACACAGAGUUCCACCUCAAAGAGUUAGAGGCCUUCGUCAAUUCCACUGCUGACCUUGGCAUUGGCGUAACGGCCUUCACGCAGGCGAUAAGUCAGACUAAGGCCAACAUAAAAUGGAUGAAGAAGAACUAUCCCAUCAUCAAACAAUGGCUGACGGACCUGGGUUAUUACAAGGACCACAAUCAGAAGGAACAGCGUACAACCUCUGAAGACAUAUUCCUCCCUACAAACGUCAAGCCCCUAUCCUACGACCUUGAAAUGAAACCGAACAUGUACGAGGGGGACCCGGCCAGCUUCACAUUUGAGGGUUCUGUCACGAUACACAUCAGAUGUCUUCAACCAACCAGCGAUGUUACUCUUCACAUCAACAAGCUCAACAUCACUUCCGGUUCAAUCGAAUUCGGACCGGAUGUUGGGGGUGUACCUGCAGUCCGAUACGUGUCACACGAGCAAAACAAAGGUAACCAGUUCUUGACGAUCCACGUGAAUGAGGAACUCAAGAAAGACGGACUGUAUCACCUGAAGAUGAACUUCACUGGGCCACUACGAGAUGAUCUUGCCGGGUUCUAUCUCAGCUCUUACAAAAACGGAAACACCUCGGUGUAUCUUGCGACGACCCAGUUCGAGUCCUCCGAUGCACGAAAGGCAUUUCCUUGUUUCGACGAGCCGGCCCUGAAGGCGACGUUUAACAUUGUACUUGUCAGGAAGAAGGGCUUCUCAUCGACGUCAAACAUGCCGAUUAAUCGAACGGAAGACAGGCAAGGCGGUUACCAAGCCGACAUCUACCAGACCACGCCCCUCAUGUCGACAUAUCUCGUGGCGUUUGUUGUUUCGGAUUUUGGAUUUAUUAACGGAACAACAUCUCGUGGUUUACAGUAUCGUGUAUGGGCGAGGAAGAACGCCCUAUCUCAGCUGGACUACGCCCUGCAAGUGGGGACGAAGGUCAUCUCACACUACGAGACAUACUUCAACCACACGUUCCCCUUACCGAAACAAGAUAUGAUCGCUAUCCCCGACUUUGCUAUGGGAGCCAUGGAGAACUGGGGCAUGAUCACCUAUAGGGAGAGUCUGCUGUUGUACAAGGACGGCGUCACCAACAACUAUGCUAAACAACAGGUCUUGGUGGCCAUUGCUCAUGAACUGGCACAUCAGUGGUUCGGGAACCUGGUGACGCCGAAAUGGUGGGACGACCUAUGGUUGAAUGAGGGUUUCGCCACGUUCGUCGAAUAUAUGGGGUCCGAUCUUGUAGAGCCACAAUUUAACAUGUUUGAGCAGUUCGUGGUGGAAGAGAUGUUCCCACUUUUCACCGAGGAUGGCUUAGUGACGUCACAUCCGGUCUAUGUUGAUGUCAAAACCGUCGACGAAAUCAACGAAAUAUUUGACGACAUAUCCUAUAACAAGGGAGGGACGGUGUUAAGAAUGCUGAGGUUUUUCAUUGGCGAAAGCACGUUUCAGAAAGGUUUAUCCAGAUACUUGGAGAACCGGAAGUACUCCAAUGCGGACCACAACGACCUGUGGGCAGCGCUAGACUACCAAGCAAAGUCAGAGAAAAAGACUGUAGACGUGGUGGACACGAUGAAGACGUGGACGCUGCAGAUGAACUACCCCGUGGUCAGCGUGUCCAGGGCGGGGAGCAGCCAGCUGCAGCUGAAGCAAAAUCGGUUCCUGCUGGACCCAUCAGCAGCGGAUCCUGGUACCUACCCGUCCCCCUUCCAUUAUAAAUGGGACAUUCCUUUCACCUUCACAACGAGUUUAGAGAGAAGUUUCAGCAAGACUGAUGCAGACAUUAUCUGGAUAAAAAGAGAGGAUAAAUCAGACAAGUACACUACAUCACUGUCCAUUCCGGCCUCUGACCAGACCAGUUGGAUCAUCGGUAACAUCGGUCUGUACGGUCUGUACCGUGUCCAGUACGAGGAUAGCAACUGGAGGGCUCUCAUCCAUCAGCUGAAGACUGACCACACGGUGAUAGACAGGACCAAUAGGGCACAGAUCAUCAACGAUGCCUGGGACUUGGCAAGAUCUGGCCUUCUGAAGCAGGAUAUCGCCCUUCAGACAGUGGAGUAUCUGAGCAGAGAGAGUGAUUACUACCCCUGGACUGCCGCUAGAGGGAAACUCGCCUAUGUGGACACUAUGCUGCAGAACACGGAGAUGUAUGGACGGUUUAAGACAUUUAUGCGAAACAUAACAGCUACACCGUUUAGUAAAGUAGGUCUGAAUGACACAGGCGCUUCCCAACUUGAAUCGUUUGCUCGGCGGGAGAUUGUGGGGGCAGCGUGCGACGCCUCCAGUCGGAAAUGUAUCACACAAGUGACAAGUCUGUUCAAGAAGUGGAAAGAAAACUCACCUCUAUACCCGCUGUACCCCGAGAUGCGGAAGACAAUUCUCUGUACGGGUGUGGCGGAGGGGGGGGCAGAGGACUGGUUCGAAGUGUACCGCAGAUAUCAAGCAGAACCCGAGAUUGCCAUUAAAGGUGAUCUACAGUAUGCGCUGACAUGUACCCGCACAGAGUGGAUCAUACACACUCUUCUGGAACGUGCCAUCACGCCGUCAGAGGUCAGCCGGUCUGACACGACACGUAUCAUGUUCUACGUAUCCAACAGCGCUCGGGGACAACCAAUAGUGUGGAACUUCAUCAAGGCUAACUGGCCACUUCUCCGUGAUGAGUUUAGCGCUACUUUCAACUAUGUUGCUAAGAUGAUCACAGGUUCAACCCGAGGCUUUAAUACCCAGCAGCAGCUGCAAGAGAUUGAGGACUUCAUGAGAUCAACUCCUAAUCUUGGAACUGGGGAGCGCGCUUUCCACCAGGCAGUAGAACAAACCAAGGCGAACAUCAAGUGGAUGAACAAAAACUACCCUGGUGUUAAGAGAUGGCUGGAAGAGAUGCCUCUUUAAAGGCAGUUGCCUUCUCUGUACAAUCCAGGAGGAGACCGUCAUUUCAUCUCGGCAUAUUUCACACAAUGAAAUCAUGCUUCACGAUCACGUCAUUCAAUCCGCUCUCAAACACACACUCGAUGUGACUUCCUUUUUAACAUGUCAAAAUACAAAUCUGUAUUUAACCUUUAAACCAUGUGGAAGACCACAGCCGUUACACAAGAAAAUUGCCAUUAGUGUUACCUGCUAAAAGACUCUUCGGAAUAGUUAAGCAAUAAUUUCAGUAUCUACGUGUAUAUUGACAUGCGCAGAUUAUAGCCAUAUAGUUAAUGAGAGUGAGUGAGUGAGUAUGGUUUUACGCCGCGUUUAGCAAUAUUCCAGCAAUAUCACGGCGGGAACACCAGAAAUGGGCUUCACACAUUAUCCAUGUCGGGAAUCGAACCCGGGUCUUCGGUGUGACGAGCGAACGCUUUAACCACUAGACUACCCGACCACAGUUUAUGCGAGAGGGAGUUAAUUGAGAGCCCACACAGCGGCAAUGGUUGAAUAGAAUAUUGCUGUCGAUAUGAUGUUCUGUUUGAGUUAUUGUGCAUAAGUAAAGGCGUCAUGCAGAGGCUAUGUAGAAACAUAAUAUCUGUAUGUGCUCCUUUAAUUAGCUGAUCUAUUACAACACGGCUGUGUGUGACUAUUAAUGAGUGAGUGAGUUAUCAUUUAAAGUCGGCAAUAGUUCAGCCAUAUCGUUACGGUAACUGAUAAUUGAGUGAGUGAGUGAGGUAAGAAUCUGAUCAAUAUAUGGUGUUCUAAAUGUCCGAAUGAGUAGCUUUCAAAUCAGCACAAUAUUGUUAUUUGUAUAUUUAAACAGAUGCUUCUUUUUAUUAAACUAUAUUUUUACUGA